AUGUCCGAUCUCCACCCGCUGGACCCUGCUACGGCAGACGAGAUCUCAUUUGCAACGGCUCUGGUCAAGAAAAGCUUUGGAGAUGUUCAGCUGCAUUUCAAAGCCGGAGGCCUGGAGGAACCCAUCAAGAGCGAUCUCGUGGCCUAUCUGGAUGCAGAACACAAUGGCAAGCCACUGCCCGAGCUGCCACGGCGUGUGUUCCUCAUGUGGUACAUCAAACGUACACCACGCUUGUUUGAGGCCAUCGUCGAUGUCACAAACGGGAAGAUCGUGCACCAAGUGGAGCUGCCACGCGACUUCCACGCCCCAGUCGACAGGACGGAGCUCAGAGAGGCUGCCGAUACAGUUAUGGCUGCCGAUACAUUUAUGGCUGCCCCCAGAGUGCAAAAGGAAUUCCAGCGACUUCAGAUUGACCCCCAGAAUGUUGUUCUCGAUCCCUGGGACUAUAGUGUCGAUGGAGAGGAGACACAGGAGCGUCAUACUCAGGUUUUCAUGUACAUGAAGAAUCCAGCCAACAAUGACCUUGACUCGAACCAUUACGCCUUCCCACUUGACUUCAUGGUGGUCGUAGACCUGGUGAAGAUGGACGUCAAGAAAAUUGUUCGCAUUCCGGUCGGUUCUGAUGAGACCGUCACCACAGGCGAGCACGUCAUACAACGCAAGACAGCUCCAGAGGAGCCAGAGUAUCUUCAUCGCCUACAGAAGACUCCGCCGCGGACGACAAUGAAGCCGUAUCAAGUGGUGCAGCCAGAGGGAGCUAGUUUCAAAGUGACUGGACAUAUGAUUGAGUGGGAGAAGUGGCGCUUCCGAAGUAUUGCUAACGUGGGACCAGGUCUAACGCUUCAUAAUCUCUGGUUCGACAACAAGAGUGCCUUCUACCGACUUUCGCUCGCGGAGAUGUUCGUACCCUACGGCGACCCACGUAACCCAAUCUACCGAAAGGGUGCUUUUGACCUUGGCAACGUUGGCGCUGGUGUGACUGCAAACAAUCUUCAACUUGGCUGUGAUUGCCUUGGUACAAUCAAGUACUUCUCCGGACACGUCGUUGCUGUGGACGGCUCUCUAGCUCCUCGACCAAACGCCAUUUGUGUUCACGAGGUGGAUAAUGGCAUACAAUGGAAGCACACCAAUCACCGAACAGGCAACGCAGCCGUUGUGAGGAAAAGACAGCUGGUCCUGCAGACAAUACUCACUGUGGCCAACUACGAGUAUAUCUUCGCUUGGAUCUUGGAUCAAUCCGGCGAGAUCACCUUCGAGACGCGAGCCACCGGCAUCUUGUCGACACAGCCUGCAGAGAAAUAUGCCAAAGUACCAUGGGGAACGCUUGUCGCUGAUGGCGUGAUGGCUCCCUACCAUCAGCAUUUGUUCAACAUUCGAAUCGACCCGGCAGUCGGAGGUCACGAAAACACCUUCGCAUACACUGAUGCAGUGCCAAUGUCAUGGGAUGAGAAGCUCAACCCGCUAGGUACUGGCUACGUGACGGAGGAGACUCAAAUCGUUCGAGCAAGUGCAGUACCAGACGAUCUGUACAAAGGUCGAGUUUUCAAGAUCCCGAAUGAGAACAAGACGAACCCCGUGUCACUCACGCCCAUCGGAUACAAGCUGGUUCCAAUCAGAUCACAGAUGUUAUUGGCACAGCCUGGCUCAUGGCACUGGAAGCGUUCAGAUUUCUGCGAGUCACCAAUUUGGGUGACAGAAUACAAAGACCGACAGCUCUUUCCAGCUGGAGACUACACGAACCAGUCUCUGGGUGGCACCGGUAUCAAAUCCUGGAUCAAGGAUCCUGCGCCCGUCAAAAAUAAGGACAUUGUCAUCUGGCAUACAUUCGGCUUCACGCAUAACCCUCGAGUCGAGGACUUCCCUAUCAUGCCCGCGGAGAUCGCCCAAGUUCACCUCAAGCCCUACAACUUCUGCCUAUUUAACCCAACCAACGAUGUUCCGCCAUCGACACAGUCAUUCUAUAAGAGUACAGCGUAUGAGGAGACUUUACCUGUGCGGACCAAUGGUUGUUGCUCGGAGAAUGGCACGGCAGCGACGAAUGGAGUGAACGGCGUUCACGAAAGCAAUGGUGUCAACGGGCACUGA